UUGCUCCACUCAUAUCUUCGACUGCUUCGGCUUCCUAUAAAUUGGGCUUCAAAAUCUUCCACAGCCUUUCAACUUUCAACCUCCAAACACAACUCUCAGCCACUUGCAGGAAUUACAAAGAAAAAGGGUUUCAGGUGCUUCCACUCUUGUAAUCAGUUGUCGUUUCUGCUUCUGUUUUCUUUUUUUUUUUUGAGAUGGCAGAAAGCUCGUUUUCAAUGAGGAGUACGAAGGGUCGGUCAUGGCAAAGGUGUUCAAAGCAAAUCAGAGAGCAGCGGGGAAGGCUUUAUAUUAUAUGGCGAUGCACUGUGUUACUGCUGUGUUGGCACGACUAGCCUUGGGGUUGGGUCCAGUUCAAUUCAAUCUGGAAUCCAAUUCUCAAUAGGCUGGAAGAGUCGGGACUUGGGGAGGUGGAGGUGGUGUAUAGUUUAGAUACAGAAAUCACGCUUUCAAUUAGGGAGGCGGAGGAGGUGGGGGGGUUUUUUUGGUUUGUUGGUUUGUUUUCUUUUUUCUUCUUUAGGAGGUAGAGAAAUUAGACGUAGAAGGGGUUGUCUGAUUGAUGAACGAUGCCUAAAUUUAACAUGAAUUACAGAAGAAAGAGCGGAUAUGUUAACAUGCUACUACAAUUUUUUGUAAAUAGUGCACUUGCUCUUUCGGUCCUA